AUGCGAACUUUCUGCGCCACCUUGAAUCCCAGUGGUACUUCCAUCAGCAGCAGUGCUGCCAGUGCGGUGCCCCUCGGCAGCGAAACCGAGGCCUCUGACGGAAGCGGCAGCAACACGAGCAGCAGCAGCAGCAGCGGCUCUCUUGGUACUCCAGCAGAUGAAGUGCAAGUGGCUGCUGGCUUUUCGGUGUAUUUGAUUGCCCUAAUGUCGGCUCUGGGCUCUAUCCCCUCUGCCGUUUUCGGAGGCCGGCGUCGAGAACUGGGUGCGAAGGCGCAGAAGCUGCACGCCGCUGGGCUUUUGCUGCAACAGCAGCAGCAGCUCCAUUUAGCAGGCGCAUGCAGCAGCGGCGGCAGAUGGUUUGGUGGUGGCAGCGGGGUACGCGAGUUGCGGCAGCAGCAGCAACAGCAGCAGCUGCAGCGACGCUUCAAGCAGGCUGUUUAUAUGUUCUGCUGUUUCGCGAUCCACCCGAUGCGGCGGGACGGCACGCGUCUAAACUCGCUCUUGUUCAACGUCGGCCUCUUGGGCAUCUCCACAUGCGGUGCCGUCCUGUUCUCUUAUAACUCGUUUCAACGCUAUGCUCGAGGAACAGAAGCUGCCCUGUGCUUCGGGGUGCAAUUACGGCAUCUCCCCUUUUUCGGGCCCUUAUUUCGUUGGCACAUCUUUGAGUAUCUGCUGCUUGGCAGUUUUCUGCUGAGCGUGCUACAUGCUGUCAUUUACUGGUGCUGCUGCGGGAAGAGGCGGCAGCACAAGCAACAGCAGCAACUCACCUUCGCGCCGAUUCCUCCCCCGUUGUUGCGGAUGGUAGACCAGGCUGCGGCUGACCCCGCGGCGGCAGCAGCAGCUUCUGCUGCGGCUGCAGCUGUGGCAGGGCAGCACGCAGCCGCCGCUCCAGCAAGAGACUCAGUUAACAGCCCUACAGCAAAACGCAAAUUCCAUUUUCUGAAGGGAUCUUCCAAGGCGAAACAGCAGCAGCCGCUGCAACAGCAAGAGGGUCCGUCUGGGAGGCGUCGCAUUGAAUUUACGGAGGGCCCAGGGGCACCUAGGACGUAUGAAAGAGAGUUUGGUGCUGAGGAGAAGGCCUACCAAACCCCCAAAAAGAAAAAGUGGGGGUUGAUAGAACAGGACUGA